AUGGCCACACACUAUGAGGAAGAUGAGGAAGCUCAAUACACAUACCACACCACUGAAGAGGAGCAGGUCCCCGACUUCCCCGAUGGCAACCCGGAGGAGUUCCCGGAGGGCAACUUCUAUGGGAUGGACGGAUCAUCAGGGCUUGAGCCUAUGCCGGUGUUCCAGGUACAAGUUCUGGUGGAAGGCAAGGCUCCGGUGCUGCUGUCAGUGGACACCUUGCGGAAGAUGGGUGCGAUCAUUGACUUUGCCUCCGAUGAGGUGAUUUUCUCACAGGUAGCUCCAGACAAGCUGAUCAAGCUGGAGCGCUCGACGUCAGGGCACCAACUCCUGCCCCUGACAAGUGACUUUUUUCAAGUUCCCACUCCGCGAGAUCUCAUGGCGCCCAAGAAGUACAUCCCUUCGGAAAGUGCGGCACACCUGAAACCGCACUACCUGUGCGGGAUCAACGAGUGCCGUGCAGAGUUGAGGGCGGCAGGACAACCAGUACAUCAAGAUCUUUCCCUGGCAGAAGUGAGGAUUGCUGUCCGCGAAUUGCGCCUACGCCAGACACAGCUGACCAUGCGCAGCCCAGGAAACGAUGUGAUGCAGCAAAUCAAGAACUCCAACAAGCCAACCUUGGUGGAGAUGUGCCACAACUAUCAAGUGGCACUCCAUCCAAAGGCAACAGUGGGGGAGCUGCGCCUAGCACUCCGUCAGGCUGUGAUGAAGAACUGCUCUGGAGACACGACCAUCGAGUUCGGCAAGCACAAGGGAGCAUCCUUCAUGGAAGUCACGGUGGACUGCCCGUACAGCCGGGCUAUGCGAGAAGUGGAGAGCGAGAGCCCCGAUUGGAAGCUGCAAUUCGCUCAAUGGCGCAGGCCCCCACAGCAGCACCCUCACUCCAAGAAGCGUGUCACGAUAGGUUUGCUCAUGGACCAGGGUAGCAGGUUUUUGGUGGGUCGCAUUUUGGUGGAAGGGGAAAAGAACAGUGUGAAAGCUGAACAAUACAUGCGGUUCUACCAAGAGAAUUGGCAACAGUAUUUCGGGAACCCCGACUUCUUGCGAUUUGAUGCGGAAGGAGAACUAGUUUUCUACUGGAGGCAUUUGGGUAGGAAGGAAGCUGGACAACGAUUUCAGACAGGACAUUUCUAUGGCUACGCCGGACCAGCCAGGAUCUUGGCCUUGGAGACAAGGUUUGAUGAGGACAACCGCAUGAGGCCUAGUUCAGUAGUGUGGUUGGUUCGCAACAAUAGGUUAAUGAAGGCCUCAGUGGAGCAACUGAGAAAGGCUUCCAACAGAGAGCGCACCAUGGCAGAGAUUGACCAAGAGAUUCAGCUCCCUUGGACCAUCUCUGAUAUAGUUUCCCCACUGGGCAAGAACGAGUACGACGACAUCACCAUGGAAGUUGAACACUUGCCUAGUCGAGAGGAUAGAGACGAACAGCCACGGUUCGCAGAACCCCCACAGAAGAGACACCGGACGAAAGCACCAGUGAAUGCACAAAUUCAGGAAGGUGCAAACUCCUCUUCCUCCACAGCCAGGCCAGAAGAACCUCAACCUAUGGCAGUGGAAGAAGACGAAGAAGACCCAGAACUGUUCCAACAAGAGGACUCUCAAUUGUCUUUUUGGAGCAGAGAAGAUGCAGCAGUGAAAUAUCCAUACCACUUCCUACAGCAAGGAACCCUCAUCACUGAUUCCAGAUCAGUGUACGACAAGCUGCAAAGACCAUAUAUCUCACCCACUGGACAGUCCAAGAAGAUUGAUAUUGAGUUGCUAGCCCUGAAGAAUGCUCAAAGAGAGACUGGCCUAGAGAUUCGUUGGGUGAACAGCCAAGCCAUGUUGGCUAAUAGUCUGACCAAACGCGGGGAAGACGAGCAGAUGAACCGAUUCGCGCUGGAAUCGCAGGAGGUGGAGGACGUCAUUCGAUCAAAACGAUCUAAGCCCAAGGACAUCGAGGCCGACAAAGGGAAGCUCGGAGUCGCCUCCGCCCCGGCGGAGAGGACGGAGAGGGAGGAGGGCGAGGCGCAGUCAUCGGAGCACCGCACCUGUGCAACCGAGGACGGGAACUGGCGGUACCAACGGGGCCAACCCAGCGUGGACGGUCAUGUGAAAAGGCGGGGGCCCGUUGGGGUCUAG